UCUCGUAACCUCUUUUGUUUCAGAAAAUUAAAUAUUGUAAAGACAGCGGGGCACAGUUGUUGACAGACACUAUGAAAAUAAUUAAGGUCAUCCCACCUUGGCUCAUCUUUGCCUUGGGUACGACAGCUGGACUACUGGUCUCCUUAGGAUAUGCCCACGGUUUCCUUGAGUUAAUCGGUGAUAAAAUUGUGAACAUGGAGAAGUUUCCUGCUGGUGAUGUGAGUGAAGGUGCUGGCGAGCUCCUAGAAAAUGCUCGCUCACACACCGCAUAUGACCACCAAGACUGGGGGAAUCUCAACUGCACACUACCAAGGCUGAACAAUCCUGAUGAAUUCUAUGCGUAUAUCUACAACCGGCAGCUCCCCUGCGACAAGCCUGUGAUGGUGGGAGGAGAGCUAAAGAGUCAUCCCCCAUAUAUGGUGGGGGAGAAGUGGGUGUGCAUGAGCAAGACCUACAACAUCGUCCCCGGCAGGUGCAUCGUGCUCUCCUUUGGGAUCCUUCAAGAUUUCUCCUUCGACGAUGAUAUGGAUCAGCGCUUCAACUGUAAGGUGUACGCGUUUGACCCGACCAUCGGACGAGAAACUCAUCGGAGGUCUCCCAACAUAAUGUUCUACGACCUAGGAAUAUCUCACUCAGACGAUGAGAUCAACACUACUAAGCUGGCCAGGUACGAAACUAUCUUGAAGAAACUGGGACAUGAGAACUCCACCAUAGACUACCUCAAGAUAGACGUGGAAGGAGCCGAGCUAGGCUUCUUUCAAGAUGUCUUCACCAACACCCCGAACCUGCUCAAGAACGUCAAGCAAAUCGGCAUGGAGAUCCACAACAGCUACACUAACAAAAUGUCAGAAGUGAGGGAGAAAUACUGGAAGUAUUUUCAGCUGCUGGACUGCUUCGGGUUCAAGCUGAUGUUCAGUGAAAUCAACCCCGUCCACAAUUUGAGGUUCUUGUUCCGAGGACAAGCCAGGUCUUGCUGUUACGAGCUGGUGUGGGCCAGAGCCCGCCAGUGGUGAGUCUACUAGGCUCUGCUGUCUGCAGUGAGUUAGUUACAUUAUAAUGAUUCAGGAUGGAUCGAAUCCUCGUCUUAGUGUCAUCUCCAUUUCCUGGAUUAUCUAUUACUCGUAAGUUAAACUCAGUGGUUCCCAACUGGAAUAGUGAAGUGUCACGUAUAUCAGCAAGGGGUGCCGCAGAAAUGUAUAGAAUUAUGUUUAAAAGACGCAUUAAAUGCUGCAUCUGCCAAAAAUCGCAGUGGGUGAUCACCGAGGUGCCACGAACAGAUGAAUGAGCCAAGGGUGCCUUCAGCCUCCUGUUUGUGGGAAAAAUUGACCCCCCAGAACACACUAUCAGCUAGAAAUUUUGUGCCCUUUACCAGAAUCACGGCAUCCUCCAAAGUGGACCUAUGAAGGUAAUCAGUCUUAAAACGCCACACCUAACGAACAUGAACCCCACUAGAGAGUAAUAUGUUAAUGCGUAAUGCAACACUGUACAUAAUUCCUUUAAGAAGUCUUGAAAUAAAGUUUAUUUAUAUUUUGAUAAGUACUGUAAAUUAUUUUUUAAAUAAAACCUGCUA